UGUUCGGCGUGAGCGCGCGGUGCCUCUUCUCUGACAGCACGCGCACUGAUCUCCAAGGGCUUUGGAUUAAGACCGAGCGAAGACGUUUGACUUUUGGUCUUUUGGGAGUGAAUGCUUACACACCUCAUCUUUCAGGCAGCUUUGACAAAUCGUCAUGACCACUGUGAAUGACAUUUCGCUUGGAGACACAGAUCCCUGAGGAAAUUAAUUGCCCUGUAUGUUGGUGUAUGUGAUAUGUGUUUCACGUGUUUGCGCACUACAGUGAGGUAGUUUGACUGACGCGCGUUCCAGAGGACCGUUAAAUGUCCGGGAUCCGGCUUUGGGUUAUCUAAACCGUGGAUGCGGCGGAAAGAAAGACCGUUCUGUGAUAACCGGGAGCGGGGGACAAUAUGAAGUCUCUCAGAAAGUGGAAUUCCGCUCGGACCAUUUGGAUUAUUUACCCAGAGAUGAUUCUUUUUCCAGUUCUUUGGUUUUUAUCUCAAACUCGGGCGGCCCCUUCAAUAACAGCCGAGCAGAUGGAUAUGGGGGUGGACUGGCUGAGUAAGUUUGGGUAUCUUCCACCCCCUGAUCCUGUAAAUGGACAGCUACAAACUAAAGAGGCUCUGACGAAGGCCAUCAAAGCCAUGCAGAGGUUCGGAGGCCUGGAGGAAACAGGAGUGUUAGACCAAGCAACCCUGGGCUUAAUGAAGACCCCUCGCUGCUCGUUGCCAGAUAUGUCAGAACCGGAUCUGUCAGCAGGCAGACGAAAGCGAGCUCUGGCUCCUCAGAAUAAGUGGAACAAGAGGCAUCUUUCCUGGAGGGUGAGGACGUUUCCAAAGGAGUCGACUUCGCUGGGACGAGACACCGUGCGGGCUCUUAUGUAUUAUGCCCUGAAAGUAUGGAGUGACAUCGCGCCUCUCAACUUUCAUGAGGUGGCGGGGAAUGAGGCAGACAUUCAGAUUGACUUCACCAAAGCAGACCAUAAUGACGGAUACCCUUUUGAUGGGCCCGGCGGCACAGUGGCACAUGCCUUCUUUCCUGGAGAGAGAUUCACAGCUGGAGACACACACUUUGAUGAUGAUGAAGCCUGGACAUUCAGAGCACCAGAUUCUCAUGGGAUGGACCUGUUUGCAGUGGCGGUGCAUGAGUUUGGCCAUGCCAUUGGGCUCGCACACACCUCUGCCAUUGAGUCCAUCAUGCGCCCUUAUUACCAGGGUCCAGUGGGUGACCCACUCAAGUACAACCUUGCAUAUGAAGACAAGGUCCGCGUCUGGCAGCUGUACGGUGUUCGGGACUCCGUUUCACACACACUGAAGCCAGAUGACCCUUCACAAACAGCCGAGCCACCCGUCCUGCUCGACCUCCCCGAAAACAGAUCCACAAUACCACCUGCCCGUGAUGCCCCUGACCGAUGCACAAGCCAUUUUGAUGCUGUAGCCCAAAUUCGAGGAGAGGCCUUCUUUUUUAAAGGGAAGUAUUUCUGGCGUCUGACACGUGAGAAGCACCUGGUGUCAUUACGGCCUGCGCAGAUCCAUCGCUUCUGGAGGGGUCUACCUGCCAACCUGGACAGUGUGGAUGCUGUAUACGAGAGGCCUGGAGACCACAAGAUCGUGUUCUUUAAAGGAGGAAAGUAUUGGGUGUUCAAGGAUAAUAAUGUAGAAGAGGGCUACCCGCGAUCAGUCAGUGACUUCGGCCUGCCGGUGGAGGGAGUGGAUGCGGUGUUUGUUUGGCAGCACAAUGAGAAGACCUACUUCUUCAAGGACAACCAAUACUGGCGCUACGAUGACCAUCUGCGGCGCAUGGACCUCGGAUACCCAAAAGACAUGGCAUUGUGGAAAGGGAUCCCGGCUCAACUGGAUGAUGCCAUGCGGUGGUCUGACAGUGCAUCAUAUUUCUUCAAGGGAAAGGAGUACUGGCGUGUGGCGGGCAGCGAUAUGGAGGUAGAAGUGGGUUAUCCACGUCCCAUCGGCAAGGAUUGGCUGGUGUGCACAGAAAUGCAGUCGGACUCCCCAGAGAUGCAGAACAACUCAAACACAAGACUUCACGGCCAGCAUCACGCGGACCAUGCUGAAAAUGGCUAUGAGGUUUGUUCCUGCACUUCAGACUCUGCCUCCCCGCUUGGGACGCGACUGACCCUGUCGCCCGCAUGGGUGUUUGUGCCACUCUUGACGCUUGCUCUCGCUCUUUCCUCUGCACCGCUCUGAUAAGGGCAGAGCCACAGGCCUGUGCUCAAACAAACUCCAGUAGCCUGUGGGUGAAGAGAGAGUUAUGAGAGCUCUGGAAAAGCCUUUCGCCAGCGCUGGACUGAUGGAAGAGCCUCAGCACUUCAAUCAAGAGAGGGAUUGGAUCACUUUUUAGUCUUUGGUUGAUGCUUUUUGUUGUCUUUAUUUUAUAAAGUGGAAAUUAUAUUAAUAUUAUUAUUAUUAGUGGUGGUGGUGCUUGCUGUUGCGAUAUAAACAAACACAAUCAUAAACCCAAGCAUUAAAGUUCGGCACAUAAUUUAUCUCACACCAUUUGUGCUACUACAGAGCCCCUAAGGGGGACACUGAGAUGGAAAAAGAUGAAAUGCAGGGAAAUAAUCUAUUGCGUUCCAGGACUAAACUUUUGCGUUGCCCCAAGAACGUUUGGGUUCAUUCACAAAAACGUUGUGAUCGAAAUAAGCAGUGGAAGGAAGGAUGUUUCAUGAAGGAAAGCAAUAGACUUCCAAGCAAACACAAAAUGUUUUCUUAGUACAAAAAAAGUUUCUCAGGGGAACGCAAUACUGACACGAGGAACGGGUUUUUUCUUGAGGCAAUGGUUUUGGUGAACAGCAGUUCAUUUCAGGACAACCUCACAGUACUUUUGACAGAACACAAAGGUUUCAAGUGAUCACAAAUGUUUUGUGAGUGAAUCAUGUUUAAUUUGAGAAUAUUUUUUUCAGUUUCUUAGGGGAACACAAUAGUUUUGUAAAAGAACGCAAAAGGUUUCCAAGAGAUCGCAAUACUUUGUGAGUGAAAACAAAACUUUGCUACAGAAAGCAAAAGUUUUCCAAAGAAAAUGUUUCAUGGAGGAACAAAAAUGUUUGUGAGAAUGCAAAAUUAUGCAUGAGAAGAUAUUGGGGAAAAUACAGUUCAUUUUUAUCAUUGGGAUGGUCCGUAUUUACCCAUUUUUGGGUUUUAAUAACCCAGCAUUUUAGUGUACUUUUGUAAGAGAGUAAAUGUUUUGUAGGAAAUCAUCAAAAAGGUAUGUGAGAACACAGAAACUUUUGCAAAAGAUAUUUUAUGAACGAUAUUUAAAACCUUGAACAAUAUUUUUGUGACAGCAUGCAAAAUUGUUUAAAGAAAUCUUCUCCAUCUCAUUUUGUCCUUAGGCGCACUAUACAGCAGGGAAAAUAAGUAUUGAACAUGUAAUUAUUUUUCUGGGAAUAAUAUUUCUAAAGGAGCUGUUCACAUGGAAUUGAACCCGAUUUUGGUAAAAACUCAAACAAUACAAACAUCAAAAUAAAACAAAACAAAAAAAUCUGAAAAAAGAGUAUUUAAUACUUUAUAUACAAGGCCUUUUUAAUGAUGACAGCUUAAAGACGCCGCUCAUAUGGAGUAUGAAGUCACAUGCUUCACAGACUUCAACAGAGUGUAUAAAUCUUGAUGGUUCUGUGGGUCUCGUUAAUCAAAUUUGAGCUUUAUUUUGUAUUUUUUAUUGGAUUCAAGUCAAGUGAUUGGAUGUGGCCUUUCUAGAGGUUUAUUUUCUUUCUCUGAAAGCAUUUAAGAGUAGGCAUGGGGCGAUAACUGGUUUCAAGGUUUUCUGCGGUUUGUAAAAGUUUUUAUUUUAUUGUGGUCAAAUAAGCGUAAUCUAGAGGCCUUUACCUUUCAUAUAAGCCACUUGAAUUAAACUUGGAUAGGCAACAAAAUUUUUGUCAGGUAGUGUAUAAUUUUCCUUUUUAGACCAAAAUAUCUAAGAGAAAUUAACAAGUGUGUCAGUUCAGAAAAAAUAUGAUUAAAAUAAAUUUACGUCUCUCCCAUAUAAUCUUCAAAAUUAAAUUGUGGCGUACUGUGAUCCUGGAUAAAUGGUGGAAGUGCAGAAAUUGUAUUUAAAUGAUUUACAUUAUUUUUAAUCUAAUAAUAAUAUCUUCAAAAUCAACAUAAUUUAAAGAGAAAUGUUAAUAGCCACACUUGUGUAUAUUAAAAUAAAAAUGUGAAGCGCAAAGACCACUGGCACAUCUUCUGUUUAUAUUUAAAAGGUUUUAAAACCGUCAAAGCCGUCAUACCUGUUAUACACUGUAAAACCCAACAAUCAACUUUAUCAAAUGAAAUGAGUGGAGUUAACUCAAAAUUUACUGAAAGUUAUUUCUACUCAUUUGAAAAGAGUUUUGAACUCUCUGUUGAAGGUAAUGAGUUCAUUAAAUACCUCAUUACUUCAACUUAAAUGGUGCAAGUUCACAGUACUCAUAUAGAUUAGUUUUUAACUCAAAUGGUUUGUUGCAAUCAGUGUCCUCAAACGGUUUGAGUUGACAUAACCUAAUGAGUUAUACAGUACUCAGUUCUUCAUUUAUUAGAUUCUACUUUGCUCAAUUUUUUUCUUUUACUCAAAUUGAUUAAGUUCACAGCUCUCAUUAGGAUUAGUUUUUGAACCUAAAUGGUUUGUUGCAAUCGGUUACCUUGAUGUUUUGGGUUUUACAGUGUACUGUUUUUAACAACUAUUUUAUUUUGUUUUCUUAGUAUCUCCAGCAGAAAAGAAACCUUUACAUCAAAAGCUACUGGUCCAAAAUAUUUUAAAUGUUUCGUAAAUUAAAAUAUUUUGCGUUUAAUGGGGGGGAAAGUUGUUGUUUUUUUACCCAGACAUUUAAAAAGAACCUAUUUUGGAGCUAUAAUCACAAUACUGUGAAACUGUCAUAGUUUUAUCCAAGGUUUUCAUAAUGUCAGAAUCUUAUACCAGCCCAUGCCUAUUUGAGAGUUUCCCUGGCUGUGUUUUGGAUCAUUUUCUUGCUGAAAUGUCCACCCUGGUUUCAUCUUCAUCAUCCUGCUAAUGUAGAUGUUGACAUGUUCAAUACUUAUUUUCCCCUGCUUUAUAUCCUACAGGCAUGAAUGUUAUCUUCAUGAUUGAUAUAAACAUGCCGGUUGUUGAGGUGUGCUGUUAAUUAAUCAGACCUGCAACUUCACCUGGCAAACAGUAAAACAACCCCAAAAAUACAGCAGGUGGGAUAUGAGCCAUAUUAAAGACCCAAAA